AUGAAUAACGAUAAUACACACGAUCCAGGAGAAGGAUCGAGUCGAGGGGCUGCCAUGGCAGACGACAUGUUGAAUUCGCUCCUGCAGGGCACAGCUGGUGUAGAUCUCGACGACUACAUGCAGGACAAUGACGACGAGAACGAUCUAUUUGAUCCAACAUGGGACACGAACGACAUGCAAAACAACGACAACGUUGACGACGAUGAUGAUGAUGAAGGUUCUGUUUAUGAGGAUGAUGAAAUCACACAACUCUUGGACAGCACAAAGAAAGCGCGUGCACGGCUUAAGACGGGUGAUCUUGGAGAAUUGGCCAAGGACUUUGAAGAGUUUGAAGAUAAUUUGGUUGCUACGGUGCGUGUUGGCAAGCGCAAUCGUAGUGUCAGACGACGCGGUGUUCGAGGCUCUGCUCCCAUCCCACUUGAAGCCCAAGACAUGUUGGGUAAAGCCAACUCUUUAUACAUUUCACGUGAUUAUGGCAAUGCAAUCGACAAGCUCCAAGAAGUCAUUACAAAGUAUCCCAACGUCCAUCAAGCUUGGAACACCUUGGGUCUGGUGCAUGAAGAAAUCGGCAACACCGAUCGAUCCUUGCAAUUACGUAUGGUGGCUGCACACAUGAAUCAAAAGGAUGCUAGUCUAUGGAAGGAACUUGGUGUCAAAUCCAUUGAAACAGAUGCUACCAAGCAAGCCAUUUAUUGUUUUACAAAGGCAUUGACGGUGGAUCCUACGGAUAUUGAUGCUCUUUGGGAUCGUUCUUUUCUCUACAAGAAAAUGGAUCGGAUCGAUGAUGCGAUUGACGGCUUUAAGCAAAUUCUCAGCAUUACACCUCACCAUUUCAAAGUCAUCAAUGAGCUUGUACAAUUGUAUCGUGCACGAGGAAUGAUCAAGGAGGCCAUCACUCUCUAUGAAGAAGCGGUUGAAUAUCAUACCAACAACAGCGAUGCAAUGCAACAACAACAGCAAGAGGAAGAGGAGGAGGAUGAAUUCACCAAUCGAUUGGGCUAUGUGGAAGUCAACAUGUUGAGUGAACUUUAUCUUAUGCAAAACGACUAUCGACGCACAUUGCAAUGUAUCAAAGACGGCGUACGACAUGUACAACAUCGGCAACAUGAAACAUCUCGAUGGGAGGCCGAUAACGAUGAUGAAUACUUUGAAGAAAACGACAAUGAUGAUGAAGGUCUUCAACGUGCUGAAUUCCCUAUUGAACUUCGUGUACGCAUGGGUGUAUGUCGUUUGUACUUGGGCGAUUUUAAAACAGCUGCCAAACAUUUUGACUAUUUGCUUCGAUACCCAUCCUCUGUUUAUCCUGAUUUACACCAAGACAUCGCCUAUGCCUACAUGGAUAAACGCCACUACGACUCUGCAUUGUCCGUCUUUCAGAAAAUCAUUGAUGCAUCUGAGGAAGUGGAAGUGGAUCUCUUGAUUCGUACGGCCGAUUGUUAUCAUGCUGUGGGAGAAAAUGAAACAGCUGCCAUCUUUUAUGUGAAUGUCUUGGAGGAACAACCGGAGAAUCUCGAUGUCAUGCUUUCGCUUGCUACAGUCUAUGAAGAACAAGGAGAAGAGCAAAGAGCAUUGGAGCUUGUGGAUCAUGUGAUGAAAAAGAAUCGUGAGCUCCGUAAGCAACAAAGGAAGGAAAGGCUUGCAAAAAAGGCACGAGAAAUUGCAGCACAAGAGGCGGAUACAGGAUCCAGAAAGCAACAAUCAAAGCAAGCUUCUAUCUUUGAUGAAACGGUGACUCAAGCCAUCACCAAAAAGGAGAGCUAUAAGCGUGCCAGAGAAGAACGCCAGCGUAAGGAAGACGACAAGGAGAAGGAUGGGCAAGCGAUCUGGGCUGAGAUUGAAGAAUUGGAUCCUUCCAUUCCCAAUGAAAUUGUUGGCAUGGACAAGAAUUUGAUGAGAGAGUAUAUGAAAUUGGCAGAACAAGCCUAUCAGGACUUUGUCAAUACGCGUGCCUUUUUCCCUCAUGAUCGAUUCAAACCAUACACUGGAUUCUACAGCAUGCGAAGAACCACCCGUGCCAAGGUAUCACGUGAUCGUGAAGCACAGCAAAUGGCUCGUCGUUUGCGUGAUCGUUUGAAUCCCGGUGAAGAGGAAAUCAGAGCCAAGGCCGAAGGAGAGAGAGAAGAAGAGAUGGAUGAAGAAGAGGCGGUUAUCAAGGAAGAAGAGGAGAAUGAUGCAAGACUUGCUGCAGCCAAACACUUUCGUGAGGUUCAUUUCGAUAGGUGGCUCGACAUGUUUAUCAAGUAUGCAUACAUGUUGGCACAAACACGAACUGCAGACAAGGCGUACGACAUGCUCAAACGUGUUAGCGAAGCCAACAUCUUUUUCAAUGACAAGAAUUACAAAUUAUCACUGCGCUUGGCGUUGCUAGGCUGUGGAUUGAUCAAUGACGACGAUGUCGUUAUCAGCGAAUGCUCUCGGUGGUUUCUUUCUACAUUACGUUUCCAAAGGGAGGCCUAUCGGCUUUAUGGCGUGGGUCAUCGAUGUGGUCAAAAGGGUCUACCUGCGUAUGCGAACAGCAAUGCCGUCAAGUACACGUUGAGAAACGUUCGCAUAUUGGAUACGUUGGUUGCAAGGAAAAAUGGCGAGACUGUCGAUGAUCACAAGCGUCAAAUUAAAAAGUUGAGUGCAGCCAUCGACUCGGGCCAAGUGGAUCCGGAAUCAAUGGACCAAAAGAGCUUGCAGGCGUUUUUCAGUCAGCUUACAACGCAAGAUGCAAAAGAUGUGAAUGAUAGCAAGAUCCAAAAUGCAGAGAUCCCUGAUCAAAUGGACCCGCUUCUCAUGACACUCCUGGGCGAACAAAUGGUCUAUGGCAGAAAUUUCCUUUCUGGUUCCUUAUUCCUUUUACGUUCACAAGCCAUCCAUCCCAAUGAUCCGCUCACGCUCCUCUUGCUAUCCAUUGCAUUUUUAAACCGAGCCAUGAAUCGAAGAACUGAAAACCGGCAUUUGCAAAUCACACAGGGCCUUUUGUUCUUACAACGCUAUUGCAUGAUCAAACAUCAAAAUCAAGAAGCAGAAUAUAAUCUAGCGCGGGCGCUACAUCUCUUGGGAUUGACCCAUUUGGCGGUACCACAUUAUGAACGAGUCCUUGUGAUGCCGUCCAAAGCAAACGAAGGCAAGAUACCGGAAAAAAGCAUUGAAAGCAUUUACGAAUUUGAUGAGGAUGAAGAUAUUGUCGAUGACGAUGAUGAUGAUUCCAAUCUGAGGCGAGACGCUGCCUAUAAUCUACAUUUGAUUUACAGCACAAGUGGUGCCCUUAACCUUGCACAAAUCGUUUUGCAUAAAUACAUCGUAAUAUAG